GAAUCUGAAUCUAGGAUAGAGAUGACAGACAAUAUAACUGAAUCAGAAUCUAUUAAAGGGAUGAUACAAAAUAAAACAGAAUCUGAAUAUAAGAUAGAGAUGACAGACAAUAAAUCAGAAUCCGAAUCUAUGAAAGAGAUGACAGACAAUAAAACUGAAUCCGAAUCUAUGAAAAUGCUGAUAGACAAUAAAACAGAAUCUGAAUCUAAGAUAGAGAUGACAGACAAUAAAACUGAAUCUGAAUCUAGGAUAGAGAUGACAGACAAUAAAACUGAAUCUGAAUCUAGGAUAGAGAUGACAGACAAUAUAACUGAAUCAGAAUCUAUGAAAGGGAUGAUAGACAAUAAAACAGAAUCUGAAUCUAAGAUAGAGAUGACAGACAAUAAAACAGAAUCAGAAUCUAUUAAAGGGAUGAUAGAAAAUAAAACAGAAUCUGAAUCUAAGAUAGAGAUGACAGACAAUAAAAAAGAAUCCGAAUCUAUAAAAGAGAUGACAGACAAUAAAACAGAAGCUGAAUCUAGGAUGGAGAUGACAGACAAUAAAACACAAUCCGAAUCUAAGAAUGAGAAGGGAAAAAAUAAAAUAAAAAAUAGGAAAUCAAAUAUUUUAAAAUUUCUUUUUAAGAGGUUUGAUAACCAUUAA